AUGAGUGACCUCAGCGCUGCAAAAGCUGCAAAGGCUGCUGAGAAGGCAUUGCGCCUGUCUAACAAUGAAUGGAGCAAUAAGUAUUUUGCCAUCUCUAUCGGCGCAAUUAUGGUUCUUUUUGCUGUAUACCAUUGGUCGAGUGUAAUUCACUUUUAUUAUGGUCGAAGGAAGAAUCAUACUACAUUGACUCGGAAGUAUAGACAAGCACGAUGCUUUCUUUCUAGUCCAACGAUGGGAUUAAGAACAGACCGAUCUCUUCUGUAUAUCAUCUACUGGGCUAUCAACUUGGUUCUCGCUUUAACUAAUAAUGACCUUACGAAUAUCAACUAUGUUGCCAAAAGAUUUGGCUGGAUUUCAAUAGCAAACCUAGUGCUCUUGGUUUUCUUAGCCUUGAAGAAUACGCCGCUCGCGCCCUUGACAGCCACAUCCUACGAAAAGCUCCGCCCGCUACACAAGGUUGCCGGUUACACUUGCAUCUUCACAAGCGCUUUGCAUGGCAUAGUGUACCUAGCUGCCUGGUCGAAGAGUGGGGACCUGUUCGAAAUGGAAGAAUCAAAGAAUUUUGCUGGUGCCAUUGCAGGUUUUGCCAUGGUAAUCAUUGGCUUCUCAACUAUCAAAUACUUCAUGCAUGGGUAUUAUGAACUCUUCUAUAUGCUGCACAUAAUUAUGUUCAUUUUGAUUAUAAUCACAGUCGGAAUGCACCGUCCGAAUUUUUCGACUUCAACGGUGAUUGUCGUGAUUUUCACUGCCUGUCUUUGGGCCAUGGACCGCAUCAUCCGCGGCGCAAAGAUUAUCUGGAACUUCUUCGGAAAUUCCCUCACUGUCACAGCUUUGCCCAAUAAUGCCCUUCGGGUCAAACUCAGCCGUCGCAUGCACUCCAGUCCAGGUUCCCAUGCAUUCUUAUGGGUUCCUGCCAUCCGCUGGAUUGAAAGCCAUCCGUUCACUUUGUUGUCUUCGAACCCGUCCGAGUUCGUUAUUCGAGUGUAUGAUGGCUUUACGCGGGAUUUAUAUAAAGCUGCCGUGGAGUCCCCGGGGAGAUCUCUACGCUGUUCUAUAGACGGUGCAUAUGGUCAAGUCCCCAACUUUAAAGUGUUCGACAAAGUCGUUCUUGUCGCCGGUGGCAGCGGUGCUAGCUUCACAUUUGCUAUUGCACUAGACCUGAUCGAGGCAUCUCAGAAGGCAGUGAAGUCGGUUGACUUUAUUUGGAUAGUGAGGCAUCAAGAGUGCCUCGAAUGGUUUGCCCAAGAGCUCAAACAACUUCAGUCCCAUCCAGAAGUGAACGUGCUCAUUUACGUCACCCGUCAGGCUGACCUGUCCGGCACAUCGUCACCCACAUCCCCAAGCUCUUUAUCAGAAAAAGUAUCUGCACAGGGCGAUGUGAUCCCAACAGAACCCUCCCCAGAACCCUCUCCAACCUUUUCAACGAGUGACCCCGAGAAAGGCGUUGGGCAACAGUCUACGGGCAAUAUUUAUUCUUCUUCAAUGAACCAGAUCUUGCCAGGGCGCCCGCAUAUUGGCAACUUGAUCGCGGCCGCUGCUGCUGGAAGCGGCAAAUCAGACGACCGCAUCAUUGUUGGUGCAUGUGGUCCUAGCGAGCUUAUGAGUAUAACACGGAAAGCUGUUAACAAUGAGUUGCUUAAUGACGGACCAUCGAUAACACUCUACACCGAGGAAUUUGAAUGGUGA